AUGUCGAGGUUGCGCAAUGGGAAGAUGAAGUGUGUCAGAUGUGCAACUGGAAAAGUGCACCGGCAAGAGGCGAGAGUAUCCCUGGCAGACCUCACAGGCGAAGCCGGCCGGGCCCCAGUUUACAGCAAUGAAGAAUACGGUCAAGAGGAGAGUGCGUGUGCAUCCGGGGCAAGGAAUGAACGAUUGGAUAAGGGGCCGACUUCGUUUGCCAGCGUGGUCGCGGCAGGCAGCCGCUUAAUGCGGGUAUGGAGAGUUCAUCGGAUAUUGAUGUGGGGAAGGAAAUGCGAGAAGGGAGGGAUUGCGGUGAGAUGGGGCAAGCUCUAUACGGAGGAUAGAGCUGCGAUCAAGAGUGAGAUGGGGGGGAUGAAGCAGACGAGGGCGAAUGGCGAGAGGUCGAUAAAUUUUCCUGGAGGGAGAGGUUCAAAGGUGGGGAGGGGAGAGGUCGGACCAGGAACAAAGACGGAGGGAAAAAGACGGGAGACGCAUGAAACUCGUCACACUGACGGAAGCUUCAUGACACAGCAGGAUAUUGCGGGAAGCACAGUCAGCAACUUGAAGGUGAAGACGACACGAGAGGGUGAAGGAGCGGACGGGGCUGGCAAGUUGGGUGACGAGGAUUGGUAG